GUGCUGGGGAACCACGUGGAAGCGGCGGCCGCCGCCUGUUUUCUGCGCUGCGGACGCGGCUCCGUCCCACCCCCGAGACCGGGCAUGGCGACGGCGGCGAAGAGGCCCAAGCAGGUGGCUGCAGGGGGCAGCCCUGCAGAGGACUGCAGAGCUGACCCCCUUUCUGGCUUCUUGGACUGGUGUGAGAAAGUCGGGUUGGAGCUCAGUCCAAAGGUCUACGUGAGCAAAGAGGGCACAGUGUCAGACUACGGCCUGUUGGCCAGAGAGGACCUCCAGAUUGGAGAAGUCCUCUUCACCGUUCCAAGAGCCGCGCUCCUGUCCCAGCACACCACCUCCAUCCGGUCCCUCUUGGAAAAAGACCAAGCGUCCCUGGAGAGUCAGUCUGGCUGGGUGCCUCUCCUUCUGUCUUUGCUGCAUGAAUACACAGCCAGCAACUCCCACUGGCGUCCCUACUUCUCACUCUGGCCUGACUUCAGCAGCCUGGAUCACCCCAUGUUCUGGCCUGAAGAAGAGAGGGUGAGGCUCCUACAAGGCACUGGCAUCCUAGAAGCGGUGGACAAAGACCUGGCCAACAUCCAGCUGGAGUACACCUCCAUCAUCCUGCCCUUCAUGGAGUCCCACCUGGACCUCUUUGACCCCAAGCUGCAUACGCCGGAGCUGUACCAGAGCCUGGUGGCGUUCGUCAUGGCCUAUAGCUUCCAGGAGCCCCUGGACGAGGAAGACGAGGAUGAGAAGGAGCCCAACCCACCCAUGAUGGUGCCCAUGGCUGACAUUUUGAAUCACGUGGCCAAUCACAAUGCCAACCUGGAAUAUUCCCUGGAGUGUUUGAAAAUGGUCACAACGCAGCCCAUCAGCAAAGGCCAAGAGAUCUUCAAUACCUACGGCCAGAUGGCCAACUGGCAACUCAUGCACAUGUACGGCUUUGCUGAGCCCUACCCCGGCAACACGGACGACACCGCCGACAUCCAGAUGGUGACGGUGCGCAGGGCUGCCCUGCAGGGUGCCAGCACUGAAGCGGAGCGGCAGCUGGUCUCUGAGCAGUGGGAUUUCCUUUGCCAGCUGGAGAUGGUGGGGGAAGAAGGAGCCUUUGUGAUUGGCUGGGAGGAAGUGUUGACGGAGGAAGAGCUCUCCAUGACAUUGAAGGUGCUGUGUAUGGCUGCAGAGGAAUUCAAAGAGUUUAAAGAACAUGAGGGCUGGGAAGAAGACACAGAGGAUGAAGAGAGCUUUACUUUGUCUAACGAGACAAUACCCAGACUCAAAGCCUCAUGGAAGAAGCUUCUCCAUGACAGUGCGCUGCUGACACUGGAGUCUUACCGCUCAGACCUGAAAGCAGAGCAGGACUUGCUAAAUGACAAGGUGGCUUAUGGCAAACUAAGCCCAAGAGAGCAGCAGGCCUUGCAAGUGCGCUAUGGGCAGAAGAGGAUCUUGCACCAAUUGCUGGAGUUGACGAGCUAGCAGAGGCUGAACUGGGAUUUGCAGCCUUUGUAUAAAGCAGACAUUGCGCUCUCACCCCCCUCUGUCGGGAUGGAUGGGGCGGCCACUUGUGUUCAGGAAGAACAGAGGGUGAGAGUUGAUUUGGACCCAGUUAUUCCUGAUAUUUCUGUAGUGGCUUUUCAUCUACCUCUUGACUUUCUAUAAAUUACAUACCUGUCUUAC